UCAAUAAGUCAUUAGUGGUUUUCUCUUCUUUUUAGGAAUUCAUCAUGGUUGUGGUCCUGGAUCUUGACCGGUUUUUGCAUAAACGCGACUAUAUUUCUUGCUAUAAAGGAGAGUGUAUGUGGCCAUGGGAGGAAACCCAUUUCUUGCGGGAAAAUAUUUGUCAUAUUUGCCACACGGAAGUUAAUAACUCCAUAAGGCACUUCCGUGUCAUCAUGAGUAGAAAUACAAUUCGUCGGCUUCUACUAUCAAAUUUUUUCUGGUGCAAAUGUGGUUAUAGUGUAUAUGAUCACUAUCCCCCAGACGAAUGUUGCUCAUAAAUUCUUAAUUUUAAUUUGAUUCUUUUUUUAAAUUCAUUGAUCAGAUCAUUCCAAGAAGAAUAUGUUUUUAUUUUCAAAAAUAAAAUUGAUUUCUUAAUCAAAUUAACUCAUUUUCUCUACGUGGACACAAGAAGGUACUAGGCAAGAUCUACGUCGUCCAAUAAACUAUUAAAUGGCAUAAUUGACUAACUGGUAAUGGAGCCAGACCGAAUUAUUGACGACGUCGGGCUUCCCGAAGCCAGCACUUCAAAAAGUGUGGGUACCGGAAGACAUUUUCCCGAUGACGACGAUUAUGAUUGGCAGCCUAAUCAAAGGCCUCAUGACCUUGAUAUGUCUUAUUCCGAGAUACUCAGUGGGCCAUUAGGCGAGGAGCUAAGAGUGGAUUCGGGCAGUGAGGAAGAGGAGGAACCUAUGUCGCUGGAGGAGCUUCGAGCUAUCCUGGAAGAGACAGCCGAAGAUGUUGAGGAAGAUCCCGAAGAACACGAGAGGCUGUCUGAAUCUUUCAAUUGGUCAAGCGAUUAUAGUACAUUUAGAGGUCAACCGGAAGUUUAUUCCCAGGCAGGCGAGCGAGGUCCCAAUAUUAAGGAAACAGAUCCUCUGAAGCUAUUCACUCAUGUUUGGGAUCACGAUAUAAUGAACAGUAUUGUGGCACAGACCAACGAGUAUGCCUGGCAAACGAUAGCGCAAGCAUCCGAGUUACCGGACGGUAUCUCGGCGCAUUCUCGAUUAAAUGAUUGGGUAGAAACCACUACUGAUGAGCUGUACAAGCUCUUUGCGGUGAUGAUUUUUAUGUCGCUGAUGGUCGCAGGACGUGUGAGUGAAUACUGGAGCACGGGUACCCUGGCCAUGCCAGGUUUUCGUAAACUUAUGAGUAUAAAACGGUACUGGCUACUCAUGCGUUUCCUGCACUUUGUCGAUAACAAUACUAUCAGUGUUCAUGGUUCCGAUCGUAAAGUUGCUAAGAUACAACCCAUCAUUGACCAUUGUAAUAAAAAGUUUAAUAGCAUGUACACGCCUCGCAGAGAAAUAAGCAUUGACGAAUCGUUGCUGCUUUUUAAAGGACGCUUGAGUUGGAUUCAGUGUAUCCGUACAAAAGCAGCACGGUUUGGUAUCAAAUUUUAUGAACUUUGCGAGGCGGUUACAGGCUAUUUGCUCAAAUUUGAGGUUUACACGGGAAAAAAAUAUCCACAGACAGGGGACUCUGCGGAGGACUCCUUGUAUGGCUUUACGAGCGCAAGUGCGAAAGUGGUGCUAAGGCUCAUGCAAAGAUUCCUCAACAAAGGUCACUGUCUUGUAAUGGAUAACUUUUAUAAUUCAGUUACUUUGACACGAUUUUUAAAGUUGAAUAAGACCGAUGUCAUCGGAACUCUGAACAGGCGAAGAAUGGGGACACCGAGGGACAUACAAAUUCUCAACGAAAGGAAACUUCAAAAAGCAGCAGUGGUAAGUAGACACUGUGGUGACGUAUCUGUCUUAUCCUGGAAAGACGUUAAAUUAGUAACCACAGUGUCGACUUACCACAAUGCGGACAUGUUGCCUGGAAGAAGAGCAGGACAACAAAUAUUGAAGCCUGUGGUUGUGCACGACUACAAUAAGUACAUGGGCGGUGUAGAUUUAAAAGAUCAAAUGCUGUCCAUGUACUUAAUGGAACGCAAAAGGGGGAUGAAAUGGUACUUGAAAGUGUUCAAACGGCUAAUAAAUGUUAGCAUUUUGAACAUUUUUAUCAUACAUCGCGAGAACAGCACAAAUCCCCUCAGCCACAGGCAAUUCAGAUAUAAAUUGGCGGAGCAACUGGCUCAGAAAUACCCAAAUUUGACCUUAUCUCGGCUAAUAAAUCCUCCUGCUCUUCUCCGCUUAGAUGGUGAUAAUCACUUUCCAAUCUAUGCAGAUUCUUUAGAAGAUCGAGCGGGGAGCAAAAGAAACAAAAUUAAAAGAAACCGCUGCGUUCGUUGCUCCUUAAAAAAAAUACGGAAAGAAGUUAACACCGUUUGCCAGAAGUGUCAGAAGUUCCUUUGUCUCGGUCAAUGUUGGAUUGAAUACCACACUCUCGAAAAUUUAUAAAAUUUUGUCGCUAAUGUAGGUAUAACUAACAUCGUGCCACAAAAAAAACCCGACUACGGAAAAAAGCAUCUGAAAAGUAUGAAACAAGAAUAUAUUCCAGAAUCAACGAAAUACGGUAUAGUGAGCAUCUCCAGGUUAUGGCCGUAUUCGCAUGCCGUUAUGAUUUAUGCGUGCUUAUUUAAGUGCUUACAAUGGCAUGCGACUACGGCCAUAACCUGGAGAUGCUCACUACCGUAUUUCGUUGAUUCUGGAAUAUAUUCUUGUUUCAUACUUUUCAGAUGCUUUUUUCCGUAGUCGGGUUUUAGUUUUUAUAACUUUUAUUUUUAUUUUUCUCUUUUUGGUGGCUUGUGACAAUUACUCAAACUUCACGUUCAGGACAAAUACCGUGUCUAGAGCAUUUCCAAAUAAUACGGUCAACACACAAGAGAUGGCGCUAGCAGGUCGAACAAUUUCUAAUUAUUCAAUCUUUGCUAUUUUAUUUUUUAUUUAUUUUAAG